GAAAGAGCCGAGGAGGCAACGGCGCGUCCAUAAGAGAGGAAAAAGAGAGACGGAUCCACCCACCCGUCGCCCCGCCCACACGAAACCAGAGCCCCCGUCCCACCAGACCCGGGCCCGGCGCGGCGGAGAGGGGUGGGAGGGAUGUGCGAGGGGCGGCGGCUGCCCGACGCGAGCCGGCCGGCGUGCGCGGCGACGGAGCUGCGGCGGAGGGAGGCGGCCGCGGACGCGCAGCUGGCUGCGGCGCGGGCGCGGCUGGCGGAGGCGCUGGCGGAACUGGAGCGGGCGCGGGCGCGCGCCGCAGAGCUGCAGCGCCGCCUCGAGCAGACCUACGGCAAGCGGCGCCGGCUCGUGGAAGAGGCGCGCGGCCGGAUCCACGAGAUCCGCGCGCGCCUCCACGAGGGAGGAGAGCAGGAGCAGCAGCUCCCCGCGGAGGCCGAGCCCGACCCCUCCACCGCCGGUGCCGCUGCCACUUCCUCCUCCUCUUCUCCUUAGGGGCAAGUGGCAGUUGGAUGACGCCUGUUGCUGCCGCUUCUUUCCCAUUUUUUUUCUUUUCACAUUGGGAGCUACUAGCUAGGCUAGGGUAUGUAAUAUACGACUGAGUGAUCUACGGAGCAUCAGAAACUUGCUCAAUGACUGAAUUUGAUUGGAAGUUAGUACUAGAAACAUUCUAAUGCUACAAGAAAUUAAGCUCAGGUCCUCGUUGGCCAUCUCA